CACAUGCACGGAGAGAUAAUAUAAGGCUUAGAUCAUUUUCAGAUAUAAAACCAGAAGGAUUCGCAAGAGCUAGCGUGCCUUCUCUUUAUUAAUUUAAUACAGUAAAUACACAGUUCUCGUCUCUGUCUCAACGCGUCGCUGUUGGCCAGUAAAUGAUGCACAGACUUGAUUUAAAGGCAAGCUCUCAUUCACCAGAAGAAUGAGAGCCUGUCCCGAGAACACCGCUCUUUUCCAGCAGGAGCGUUUUAAACCAAUAAAGGGAUAUUUUUAAGGGAAGAUUGAGCACAAGGAGGAAAAGGCCUGGCUAAUCCAUCUGAGUGAUUUUGUGUCUUCUGCUGGAACUGAUCAUGAAGCUAUCUGGACGGUGGGUUUCGUUUUUCUUUGUACUUUGGGCAACAUGGGAAACGGCUUUGUCUGUCACGCGUUAUUCCAUACCGGAGGAGAUGGAGCGCGGGUCUGUCGUCGCCAAUCUGGCCGCCGAUUUAGGGCUGGAUGUUAGUGGGCUGGCGCAGCGAGAGGUAAAACUCGACAUUUUCCACAACAAGAAAUAUCUUGAUAUCAAUAAAAGGACAGGUGAGCUGUUUAUAGUUGAGAAAAUGGACAGGGAAUCUCUUUGUAACACAAAAACUAUGACGUGCUUUUUAAAAUUAGACCUAAUAAUUGAAAGCCCAUUGCGCAUUUUCAAUAUUGAAUUAGGCAUCACAGACAUUAACGAUAACGCUCCUCAUUUCCGGCGAGAUAAGAUUGAAUUGGAUGUCUCAGAGUCCGCGACACCUGGAGAAAGAUUUUCUUUGCCGAAUGCCUUUGAUCCCGACGUUGGUGCUAAUACAGUCAAGACCUAUAAAUUAAGUGAAAGCGAACAUUUCGCUGUUGAUAUACACUCUGGUAGUGACGGGACAAAAUACGUCGAUUUGGUCCUCACGAAGGCUUUAGACAGGGAAGAGAAGGCCGUUCAUAAUCUGAUACUCACUGCAGUGGAUGGAGGAGUCCCUGCGCGCUCCGGAACGGCUAGUAUCAUCGUGCGCGUGCAGGAUACAAACGACAACGCCCCUCAGUUUGAUCAGGCGGUUUAUUCUCUGAACAUUAGCGAAAACUCUCCGGCCGGCACUGUCCUUGUUAAAUUGAACGCAACGGAUGCCGACGAAGGCCCAAACGCCGACCUUACGUACUCGUUUACGCUUUAUACUUCUGAGAAAACGCAGGAGAUGUUCUCGCUGAAUUCACAGAGCGGCGAAAUCGCAGUCAAGGGCACCGUCGAUUAUGAAGAUAUGAAAAUAUUCGAGAUGUUUCUUGAGGCGAAAGACAGCGGCCCCGUUCCACUGUCCGGUCAGUGCAGAGUGACUGUGUAUGUUAAAGAUAUGAACGAUAACUAUCCCGAGAUAACCAUAAAAUCUCUUAAGAAUACCGUGGAUGAAAACAUCCCAGUGGGCUCCGUUAUAGCUCUAGUGGGUGUCGGUGACAGAGACACGGGAGAUAACGGCAAGGUGAAUCUGACAAUGAACAAAUCCUUACCAUUUCUUUUAAACCAAACCUCUGACUACCUCUAUGAGUUACUGGUGUCAGAACCCUUAGAUCGCGAAAUUGUCCCAGAAUAUGAAAUUAUGUUAGUUGUGACGGAUAAAGGGAAUCCGCCGUUAUCUGAUAAUGAAACUAUAACAGUCCACUUGCUAGAUGUCAAUGAUAACGCACCGCAGUUCCCACUAACAUUCUACACGAUACCUGUGAUGGAGAAUAACGCGCCUGGAGCUUUACUGAGCUCUUUAACUGCUCUAGACCCGGAUCUCCACGAGAAUCAGUACCUAGUCUAUUUUAUCAUAGAGAAGGAAAUAGCCAACACCUCCAUGUCCAUGCUGUUCUCCAUCAACCCGGAGAACGGCAAUCUUUACGCGCUCAAGACGUUUGACUACGAGAUAGAGAAGGAGUUUCUUUUCCACAUCGAGGCCAGAGACUCUGGCGUUCCUCCGCUCAGCAGUAACGUGACCGUUCACAUUAUUAUCAUGGAUCAGAACGACAACACGCCGCUUAUAGUGUCUCCGUGGCGCGCGCACGGCUCGGUGGUGGAGGAGAAGAUCCCGAGAUCCACCGAUAAAGGGACUCUGAUCGCCAAAGUCAUCGCCAUAGACUCCGACUCGGUGCACAACUCUCGAAUCUCCUACCAGUUUCUCCACAACACGGACGCCACGUUAUUCAGCUUGGAUCAAUAUAACGGAGAGAUCCGGACCAUGAGAAUGUUCAGUUACAGAGACUCGCGCCACCAGCAGCUGGUUGUGAUCGCCAAGGACAACGGAGAGCCCGCGCUCUCUGCUACAGUCACCAUCAAACUGUCCACGGUGGAGACCGCCCUUAAGACCUAUGCUGACCUGACUGAGGUGCCUUUGGGAUACGACAUCUUCUCGGAUUUAAACCUGUAUCUGGUGAUCGGACUGGGCUCUGUCUCGUUUCUUUUGCUCAUCACUAUUUUGGUCACCAUCGUGCUGAAGUGUCAGAAAACGAAACCCAGCAAAGCGGCUCCUCCGUGCAGGAACAGUGUGAUCAGCGAGAGGAACUCCACCAUCGCGGACUCCACUCUGGUCUCCAACGAUGCCUACUGGUACAGUUUAUUUCUAGCAGAGACCAGAAAAGGAAAGCUGGUGGUCAGACAGCCUGUGCCAAAGGGAUCGAGGUACAUCGUGUCCAGUAUACCGAGGAGCACCGGACUGACCGAGACCAGCGACUCAGCUGCUUCUACUCUACAGGUGAGGAAAAACUAUUAAACUACCAAAACUAUU